AAGGAGCGAGGUCGGAGGAGGACGUCGUCUGCUUCCUCUCGACAUGACCUCCGCGAUAACACCUCCCUCAGAGUAGAAAAAUAUAGCCAAAGAUGGAUCAGUCUCCCGUGCCCCCGACUACCUGUUACUCAGUUGUGAAUGUACAAAAUUUUAGUGAAGAGAAUGGUACAGCGGAGAUUGUUUCCUCAAGUGAGAUAACCAUGAAGAUUGAGAACAUUUCGGAGGAGAAUCUCAUCCAAGAAUGUCUAGCCAUUGACGGCCUCGAAAAUGAUGGCGAGCUCACAACUAUCAAGGAGGACGUGGAGGACAGUGACAAAUACAGCAAUGAAGAAAACGUUGGCGAGGGCUCGGACAGUUCGAGGCGACUCUUGAGACGGAAAAAGGGCAAGAGACCGAGAAAGACCUAUGAAAAGAUACAGCGAUUAACCAGAAUUUACACCUGCGUGGACUGCCCUGAGACAUUUUCACGCCUCAGUCAGCUUCGAGCUCAUUCUAGGGUACACACAGAAGAUCAGACUGAGAAAUAUGACUGUGAUCUGUGCGAGGAAGUCUUUGACAGACUAAAGCGCCUGAUGUCCCACCGCAAAAAGCACCACCGCGCAAGCCUGUCGUGCAAAAUGUGUUCCAGCAAAUUCACACAUUAUGCCAGCUACAGAAUACACAUGAGAGUCCACAAAGGGGAGAAACCGUACGUGUGCCAGGAGUGCGGCGCGGCUUUUGUUCAAAGUGGCCAUCUCAAUAUCCACAAGAGGACCCACACUGGUGAAAAGCCAUACACGUGUGACAUUUGCAAUAGUAAUUUCAAACAGAUAUCUCACCUCAAAACUCACGUUCGAACUCACACGCAAGAUAAACCCUAUCAGUGUGAUCAGUGCGAGGCAUCAUUCACACAAAAUAGUAGUCUGAAAAGGCACAGGCGAUCUCACACUGGCGAGAAGCCUUACAAAUGUGCUUUCUGUGAUAUGACCUUCGUAGUAAAGAGCAAUAUGCAGAGACAUUUAUAUACACAUACCGGUGAAAAGCCAUACCAGUGCGACUUGUGUCCAGCCUCCUUUGGGCAAGCUAUAGACUUAAAGAGGCACAAAAUUAGCCAUACAGGUAUUAAGCCAUUUAAGUGUGACCGUUGCGAUGCGGCUUUCAGUCGUAAAAAUAAUCUCAAGUGGCAUCAGAUGACCCAUAAUGGAAAUACUCCAUUUAGAUGUGAAGUUUGUCAGGUGGGGUUUUCCUCGCCAGGAGACCUCAAAGUACAUAAAAGAAUACACGCCCCACCAAAACCGUUUCGCUGUGAGUUGUGUCCAGCUUCUUUCCAGCAGUUCAGUUCCCUCACACGUCAUAAAAUGAUUCAUACUGGCGAGAGGCCGUUGCGCAAGAAACCAGAAAACAAGCCUGGGUCAUUUAAAGAAACUGGCAUCAAACCGUAUGCAUGUGAGAUUUGUAAUGCAACUUUCUGUGAGAAAAGAAAUCUUAAAAGACAUAUCAUAUCAUUGCAUGAUAAUGUGCGGAAACUCGGGGGUGGUUCAGUUGCCGAUUCUGAUUUGAAGGAAGACGGAAUACUUGAAAAGUUUAUCAAAGUUCAACAGCCUGCGCAAGUGAAGAAAAAACCAGCAGAGCAAAUUACAUACACCAUAAAUUACCAAAAUCCAGUUGUAAUCACUCAGCCAGAACAGCAGCAGUUGCAGCAGCCAGAAGCACAGCAGGAAAUACAACAGCAGAGCAUCACCCUUCAGCACGUCGUGAUCCAGCAGCCCCUGAACAGCGAGGAAUCCGUAAGCGGAACGCAGACCAUUACUCAGAUGCCACAGCUUAUGCUCGCCCAGGGCCCGGGCCAACCCCCUAAGCCGGCAAAACUGGCCAACAACUGCCAGAACCACCACGCUCACGUUCUCACCUUCAUUGAGGGGAGCUACAAUCAAUGGCAAACAUGGUGUUUCUGUGACCCCCCUAACAUAGUAGACCAGUCUAGUCAAAUUAUCAGCACCGUCCCUGCGGCCAGUGCCAUAAUCGCCACACCACCAUCCACUGUCGUCCCGCCAGAUUCCUCUUCCUCCUCCACAGCCACAGUCACCUCUGCCGUUGCAGUGUCCUCGAUUGCCAACUCACAGUGCACCAAUGUUGAGCAGCUGGAAGGCCAGAUCAUCCCUGCACAAAUACAGGUUCAGCUCCCUGUCGGUAAUACUCAAGCCGGGGGAGUGAUUAGAGAAGAUGUACUUAGGGGAUGGCUUGGUGGCUGGAAUAAAUGUUAAUAUGUGUAGCUGGUAGAUAUUUAUUGAAUUUUACAAAGUAUAUGAUAUUUUAUUGAUUUAUAUCAGAUGAUAUUUAGAUGAUUUAUGAUAAAGUUUGUAAGUUACAGAGUGUAAAUGAUUUUUUUUUUUUACAAUUUAAGUAAUUUUGGGUCUAACUCUUGUUAACUAUGUUGAAUGAAAUUCAGACUGAACCAAAAUUGAUGUGCAUAAGCACAUUACAAAUUACAUAUUCAGUUUUACUAUUUAUAAUCAGGCUAGUUAUUUUUCCAUGUAAUACACACAAGUAGACCACUCUAUAGGCAUGAAGGCAGGUAGACAUACAAACAGAAACAGAAAAUUAUUACUUGUGUGUAUGUAGGUGUAUAUGAUGUGCGCAGUGUGUGUUUAUAUGUUUCUUUCUGCAUUGACUGUAGAUUUGGAAAGUAAACAAAAUUAUAAAGUUAAACUUGUGCAUUCCAUGUAUAAUGGAUGGUAAGAAGCCACAUUCCCAGCCAGAGAAAAGUUAAUCAUCAUUUCAGCCUAAAUGUCAUGACCCACACUUCUUAAUCUAGUUGACAAUGAUUUAAUUGUAGAAAGCAAAUAUCAGAUAGUCAUAUGAAGGGCAGACUGGAAAUUCUCCAAACUUUAGGUAACUUACGUAGGGAAUCUCGAGAGGAUCAAAUUGUCCAGUGCUUUGCCAGUUUCCGAAAAUUUGAUUCUUGUGUCCGUCAGAAGUAAUAGCUAUGUAUUAUGGACAGGAUACUUGAAACCAUUAACUUCCUUCAGUGUACAAACAACCUCUCCUUGUUUUCUCAGCUGUAUUGAUUAUCUCUCUUUCCGAAGCGUGUAACCUCUUUGAAGAUCUGUAUAACCUUAUCACGUGCAAGAUCUCAUUAUUUUGUUCUAUAUAAAUAGCACAAAAUAUAUUAAUAUAUGUAUUGCUUCCAUGAAUCAGAUACCCCCUACUACUGUUACCUGCACAACUGAUAUAUAUUUUCAUUGGAUAUUUUGUACUCAUUCAUCUAGAUAACUAACUAUUACAAUAUAUAUGAAUUGUAUUUGUGUUAUGGGUGUUGUUUUUGUACUGUGGAUUGCUGCCACUUACAUUUGAUAGUGUUGUGUAGUGGUAAUAUGGUGUCAGGAAGCUUGUAGUGCUUUUUAUAUCACAACUAGUAAGAAGAGGUGUGAUGCAGUAGGUCAGGACUUCACUGUUUUAUGUAGUUGAAAUACCGUUUGUUUACAGUUUACAGGAUUUAUCAGAUAUCAAAAUGUA